UCACGAUGGUAUCCUCCCCAAUGGAAUUUAUGGAUUGAAGGUGAAGCAGCAUGGCAGGUGGAUUUAUGAAGCGGUCGAUACCAUGAAUACCAUGAGCAGGCACAGGCCUAUAAGAACAGCCAGAACUUCCAGGCUAAACAGAGCUUUUGUUGAUGGGUUAAGUCAGUGCCUGGCAAUUUACAUGAUACUUUGAUCAUCAUCUUGAAAACACAGAAGCCCAUCAUGUUCUUCAACACCGGAAGGUUUCUCACAGCCUUCCUGGGCCUCACCUCCCAGUUCUUGGCGAGCCCAGUGUCAGCUUUCACCAACCCAAUUCGCCAGCCAGGCGGCAGCGAUCCGCAGCUGUCAUACUCGGACGGGUACUACUAUCUUCUAACUACCUCAUGGACCAAUGUACAAAUUGCGAGAUCCACAACUAUCGAGGGUCUUAAGACGGCGACGAAGAAGGUCAUCUAUAGUUCAACCGACUCGAGUCGCUGCUGCAGCGUCUGGGCCCCUGAGACGCACCUCAUUGACGGAACCUGGUAUCUCUACUUUACGGCGGGGACUUCAGCUAACCUCGAUGGACAGAACCUGCACGUUUCAAAGGGUGGUGCUUCUGCUUGGGAUGAUUACACCUACGUCGGCAAGCUCAGCAGCGAGUGGGCCAUUGACGGGACCAUCGUGCGGUUCAACACAUGGGGCAACUACCUAGCAUACUCAUGCUUCCACGGAGUCCAAUACCAAUCCCUAUGCAUGCAGAAGCUAGGGGAUGACAACGUAUCACUACUAGGCAGCAUCGGGGUCAUCUCCCAGCCGCUGAACGCGUGGGAGCAAAGCCGGACACCCGUCAACGAGGGCCCCGCGGCCCUGUACAUCGAGUCGACCGGAAAGACGUACAUCACCUACUCGGCCAACGACUGCUGGACGCCCGACUACUGCCUGGCGACGCUAGAGUGGGACGGCACGACAGACCCGAUCUCCCCCGACGCCUGGACCAAGUCGGACGGCUGCGUCUUCAAAGGCGGCGUCAACGGCCACUACGGCACCGGCCACAACAGCUUCUUCCGCAGCCCCGACGGCAACCAGACUUGGAACGCAUACCACGCCACUUCGAACAGCGCGGGAUCUUGCAAUGACAGCCGCUAUACCAUGGUCCAGGUCAUGGGAACGAACGCAGAUGGGUCCCCGGACUUCGGAACCCCUGUUGCUUACAGCUUUGAAAUUGGGGAGCCUGCUUGAUAGCUGAGAUUCCCCUUCAGACUCAGAAUGUGAACUCUCUGGCUUCAGGUGGCGUGCGGGCUAGAUAAUUAUUAGUCGAAAAUAAUCAAAAUCCAUUCAAAACUAGACAAAAUGCAAAC